AGUUUUAUUCCAUCUUUGUGGUUAUAAUAAUAAUACACAACACAUUACUGAUAACUACAGAUAUACGAAUUAAUUCACAUUUCGUAAUUAUAACUAUAAUUUGUUCAACAUUUGACUAUUAAAACAUAUAAGGAUAAAUUGGCGGUAAUUUCAAAUUUCUAAAUCACCGAUAAAGAUGUGUUCAACAAGAAAAAAACAAAAAAAAAAGAAAAGAAAAAGAAAAAAAGAAAGAAAAAGCAAAAUCUCUGGCGAAGUGCGGAAGAAGGAAUAGGAGGAAGUGAUUUAAUGGGGAAGGUUCAGUGACAUAGAUUACAUCAUUUCGCGUCGGGAAGUUUCGUCGAUAAAUCUUGUACGUUCGUGUUUUGUCGGUGCGACAUCGUCACCCUCUUUUUUCCCGUCCUGCCACGCCGUGCACACUAGUAGAUUUAGUAGGCAUAUUACGAUCGCAUGAAAAGUACAAAAAAAAAAAAAAGAAAGAAAACGAAUAUAUCGAGAGAUCUUAAUCGACUGUUUUACAUCUAUCAUAGGUGUGGCUUCGUAGACAGAAAUAGUUCAUUAUUAUUACGCGUGUCAUAACUUUUUAUCUCUCUCUUUCGUAGUAGAGUAAGAGAGAGAGAGAGAGAGAGAGAGAGAGAGAGAGAGAGAGAGAGAGAGAAAGAGAAAGAGAUAGAGAAACUUGAGAUCGUGUAAAAAGAGAGACAGAGAGAAACAGAGAGAGAGAGAAAGAGAGAGAGAGAAAGAGAGAGAGAGAGAGAAAACCUUCGUGCGCAUACGUUGCGCGCAGCGCACCUGCAUCGGUCCAAUCCAGUAGGGAGAAAAAUUUCAAGCCUGUCAUCAAUCACUCUCGUCGUAGGACAGAAAGACGACGAAGGUACAUUCGCUUGGCAUCCAUCCGAGAGUAAGACGUUCGACGAUCUCUUUUGACCAAUUUUCUCUAUUUCCCUCUUUCUCUCUCUCUCUCUCUUUCUUUUUCUUUCUUUCUUUCUCGCCUUUUCUCUUUAUCUUUCUCUGCGAACGGCAGAAAAAAGGACGAUGCCCGCGAACAAGAGUAAUCAGCUGUCGACGCCUCGCAAAGAGAAAUCGAACAACGGACUAGCUGCGGGCAAUUCGAAGAAGAAGAAACGCUCCUGCGUUAAGCAUAAAAAACAUUGCAAACAAUAUCUGAGUUGAGAAUCAAAAAGACGGCAUUCUCUUAGAGAUUACAUCGAUUUGAAAUUACAUCAAAUUAAACGACAAAGAAGAGGAAGAAAAUCAAGGAUAACAAUAAAAUACUAAAGAGGAAAGAGGAAGGAAGAAAAUCGUGAAUCUUUGUUGUGUAUUAUAAUUGUCACGAAUAUUCAACGGGAGGAAGGCAACCUGGCCUGGCCCGUGGGCAAGAUCGUCGCUUCUAAAGGACCCGUCGCUGUAAUAGCGGCUGUGUGUCACCAUCCUUGCACUGCCCCAUACACCGCGGCCUCAUGAUCGGUUCAUUCUGGAACCUUUGUCGUGCGUGUCCUUCGAUGCCGAUUGACAAGCAGCUCCAUUCGGAAUACAGGAGCACGUACACAUGGCACGAAUAUACAGGGCCGCAACAAGAGCAUACAAUUGUUCGCCGGGCGCCUCAACCACCACCGACGUCCACCAAACAGGCGAACGCAAAACUGCAGUCGGCGAAGUCAACCGAGGACGAGAACAGCGAAGGACCUACCUUAGAACCGCCAUUGCCAAGAAGAAAGAAAUGUCCCGAAUUGGCGUACAAGACUCACGAAUUUAUUCCGACGGCGGACGGUGGUGGCCUGGAUGUUAUAGAUUCGAAUCUCGUAGCUGAUAAGGUUCAGGAAGUAACGAGCACUGUACCAGCUAGUCAACUGAGCAAGGCGAUAUCUCGUAUCAGUACUGAAUACCGUUUACAAUUCGCAUGGCCUAGACGACCCCAAUUAACGAAUGGUGACGCAGCACCCAUUAUAUCGACGGGAGCAUCUUUAGGUACCGGUGGACCACCAAGAAAAUCUCUCAGCAUGGGAGCACUCAAACAGGGUAUCGUACCUUCUGGUCCCGCGCCAGUUCAUAAGAAAAGACCUGGAGACGUGGAUCAUAAACGGGACGGGGUCCAAGCGUCCGAAUUAGAACCAUUGGUGGGAGGGACAGGUACGGAUACUAUCGAUGGAACGGUUCUAGAAGGAGACGAACGCGAAGAGGAUACCUCAGAUUUAAAAAUAGCGUUCAGGGGUAGAAAAUCAGGGGGUAAAACCGUAAGGAUAUCGGGAAGUGGCGAUAAAGCGACGAGCAAAUCGCAAGAGAAACCAUUCCCUACGGCAGAGGUGAUCGAACUAAGACGACUCGCUGACGAGUACAAGCAUCGUGACUGGGGUUGCGGUCUGGCAGCCGAGGAUGAAGCUUCCCUGUGGAAACGGGUAUCCAGUAACCACGCUCUCAACGCUCUGUCUCUUGCCAGAUCAGUGACGAAAGAAGAAAAGAACAAAGAAAAUACGAGGAAAGUGACUCCGGUUAUAGCGGCGAUGACGAUGCCACCAGCAGGUAGACCAUCCUCGGUUCAAGCAAGACCGAUUCAUGUUUCACAACAAGAAGAUUUGAAGUUGGAUAACGAAAAAACCGUAGCUCGCGCGAGAAAAGAUUUUUUGAUUCGUCAUCAUUUGGAUCGUACUACUGGCGUAGGCGACGGUGCACUACUCCCCUCUCCAACGAGAGAGAAGUUGGAGCCCGUAAUACCGCGACGACGCGAGGAAUCGAGAGAACACCGGGAAGAGAUCCAACCAAGAACGAAGUCCAGUCCGAAGAAUAGUCCACGUACUGGACGUUCUCAGAGUCUUGGACCUAGCGUUACCGAGCGUAGGUCACCGAAACGGCAACCUCCACGUGCACCAUCUGUGACAAAGGAUAUGAAGGAGAAAGAGAAAGAGAAGGAAUUUAAGGAUAAAGAUAGAGAUCAAAAGGAUAGAAGCGCUGAAAUCGAGAGACCACGGCCAAUGACGGCAGAGCCUCAGCUGAAUGGUGAUGCAACGGGAGGUGAUUCGAGCGUGGCUUCAACACCACCGUCGCAAACUCGUGCUAUCUCAGCUGGUGCUGGUACUUGGAUCGAUGAUGAGCCAGUCGUAAAGAGUCCACCGGAACCAACGCGUGUGAAAUCGCCGGAACAAAUGAUUAUGCGCUCACCUGAACCGGUUAACUGGACAGUGCCCCUCGAUACCGGGAAGACGUUUACCGUUACACAAAACGUUAGAGAGGAGCCCCUGACACGUCCUCAUAGCGAAGCAAAGACGUGGGCACCGUCCUGCGUACCAUCGGCACCGCAAUCGGCUCCUCCGGAGUUAGCAGCUCAGCACAAGUCGCAGCAUCAUUCGCAACAUUCUGGUUAUAAAUCGCCAGAAAGUGAGAGCGUCUCACUUGGCAGUUUCGGUGGGAUUACCGAUCAAAAGGAGGACAUGGAUUCGGGACGUGCAAGUCCUUGUUCGUUGCCGACGAAAGUAGAGAACUUGUCCGCUGGAGAAUCCGUGAUCACAUCCGGUCAAGAUGAGAAGAAAACAUACGACGCUGAUAGAGAACAGGAUAAGGGAGAACCGGUGAAAUCGAUAGGUAGUAGCAAUAUAAAAUGUCUCGAGGAUCCAUCGUUCGAAUUAGAACGUAAGAAGAUCGAUUCGGGAGCUCCUACGACAACGACAACAACGGCGACAACAACGACAUCGAAUGUACCGCAUCAGCCGUACCGUAUUCUCGAAGCUGAAUCACCUCAAAGUGGGGUAGGUAGUGAAGGAACCGCAGGAGGAGGCGGCGGUGGCGGUGGCGGUGGCGGCGGCGGCGGUGGUAGUGGUGGUGGUAAUGGUGGUGGUAGUGGUAGUAGUGGAAGUGGAGAAACAGGAACGCCUAUCAGCAGCAGCAGCAACAUCGCUACCACCACCGCGACGGCUGGUUAUCACGUGUUAGAGGCACCGCCAGUUCAGAUGAUACCAGGUACGGCUCAUCGUUCAACGGCGACCGAUGUCUUAGAAAAAGCACGAAAUCGCUUUGAUAAGUUCUGGGGAAAGGGUAGUCCCUCUGAGAAUUAGAAUCCUACGGAAUAAACUAGUAGCUAUGACCGCGACAAUGAAUUCGAAGAGGAGGGGAAUGUACGUGUAGAACGAGAGGAGAGUUGUUCAUGAGAAGCGAUCAAGGAGAGGGAGAAGAUAGGAGGAAGGAGUUUGUUUAUAAACUUCGGACGGAGUUCCUGAGAGCAGUUAUCCCGUCGUUUCCUUCGCUCGUCCGACAUGCGAGCACGUACAAUAUUUAAUCUUGCAAUUGGAAGCUAUUGUAGAUGGAAUAGAGAUGGUUUCGUGCGAGCAUUAGAAAUAAUUCAAGACUCCGAAGAAUGUACAUCUUUAAUUUCGGGUAGAAAAAAAAAAAAAAAAAGAAAAAUAAACGAAGAGCUAACCAUUAGGGUCACGAUCUAAUGGGUAAUUCCUAUCGAAGAAGACGGGUAAAGAAGAAAACGGAUGCGAGCGAAAGCAACGGCAGGAUCGCCUAUGGAUGCGUUGUAGAAGCUUCGAGGAUUCCUUUCGGGAUUAAGUUUUCGAAACGUUACAGUUCGCGUGUCUCAUAUUCGUUAGUGCGUUGUAUAACAUAGAGUUACGUGUGGGUGAUAAACACCGAACAACAUCUUAUAUCGAGAUCCAUGUAGACGGUGAGUGUCUGAAGGAUAGGUAUCGAUGUCGUUAAAGUUCUGGAAGCUGCGUGCGAAUACAUAUAAGUUAUAAACUCGACUCGUAUUAUUAGAUUCGCAUCAAUGAUAUUCUUACGUAUAAAUCAAUAUCAAACGUUCGUGGUAACCGUAUGUAUGUAUCUCUUUUACAUACGUACGUGUUUAUUAAAUAUUCAAAGUAAAUACAAACACACACACACACACACACGUAUGCAUACUUAUACGUUAACGUACGAAACUUCCUUUACAUUAGAUUCGAAUAAUUGCGUAAGAUCAUCUAUCAUAGCCGAGAGACGUGCGAUUUUUUUCUUUUCUUUUUUUUUCUUUCUCUUUCUCUUUUUGCGAGGAUUUUCAAAUCCUCAAAGAAGAAAGUAAUAAAGGAUGAAAACAAAACAAAACAAAAAAAAAACGAAAAAAGAAAAAGAGGAAAAAAAUGCACGUAAACUCGAGCGAAGAAAGAUGCGACUCCAAGGCUUGUCACUCUUUGUAGAAGCAAAAAAGCCCCUCCCAAAAAAAAAAAAAAAAGAAAAAAGAAAAAAAAGGAUAAAAGGUACAUAGCCUUCAGCUACUUCAUGCGUUUUAUAUUUAUGAUAUCUACACGAAGAUACACUUUGUAUAUGUGUAUGCAUAUGCACCAGUGCGUAUAUCUACAGGUGUGUUGUUGCAUGUGUACAAUACAUACGUUCGAUAUAUGUAUAAACACACGUUUAGAGGAUGCAUGCGCGUGCGAGCACAUCACACACAGACACACACAUACACACACACACUACUACUAUUAGUAACACUACUACUACUACUACUAUUACUACUACUAUUACUACUACUACUAUUACUAUUACUAUACUACUAUUACUACACACACACACACACAGACACACAUACACGCGCGUCACGUAAUAUAAAAGAGAAAAGUAUUAAGCAAGCGUAAUACAAGAAUAAUACACGCAUGCGUACGCGCGCGUGCGCAUACACAACACAGAAAAACAUAUGCACGCGCGUUACGGAAGAGAACGACGAAUGAUUAACAUUCGGAGAAAAGUCCCGCGGGCAACUUCGGCAAGUGGAACUACCUCCUUAGAGAACGCGUCUCGAUCUUUUUUAACUAUAUUCAUGAAGAAAUUUUUCACGAGCUUACUCGUUAUACUCCGAUAAUUAACUUGCUUCGUAGGAGAGAAGAAAAAGAAGAAGAAGGAGAUGAUAACGAUGACGAUGAUAAUGAUAAUGAUAAUGAUUAUAAUGAUGAUGAUAAUGGCGAAAAUGAAAAACAAAGGGAAAAAAAAAGGAAAAAAAAAAAAGAAAAAAAAAAUUGAACAAAAUUUAUGAUAACUAAGAUAAAUAAUUCCCGUACACGCUAAGAAAGAUUAUUUACCAGAUAUUUAGUAUCGAAAUAAGAAAAUGGGAACGAUCUUAAUCCGCAAGUAUAUAACGGUGUGUCGAUAUGUAUUACCUUGUACGGAUGCCGAAAAAAAAAAAAGGAAAAAGAAAAAGAAAAAGAAAAAAAAAAAAAAACAAAUAUUUAAACACAACAGUUCGUCCAUGUACGGUUCGUUACGUCGCAGGAAGAAAAUACAAAUCACGGUUUAUUUCGCGAAACGAGCAAGACCCUUUGUUGCUGAGCAAUUUUUUACCCUGGGGAAUGACACGACUUUUUUAACGCCGGCAACGAGAAUCAAAUUGUUUCGCGCGCAAAUCGAAGAACAAAAAAAAGUAAACAAAUAAAAAAAGAAAAAAUAAAACAAAAAAAAAAGAAAAGAAAAGAAAAGAAAUGAAAAAAGAAUAAACUCGAACGACGACGGGAUAUCAACGUUGUUCUUCGAUCGUCCGCAUGCCUGUGCCCUAUGAUUUUUUUUCAUUUUUAAUACGAAUAUUUUUGCUAGGAAACGAUUUUCAUUAUAAAAAAAAAAGAAAAAAAAAAAACUUAGAAUCGCGCGAGAGGAGGCUUUCGUCUUUGAAGGUAAGGAAGGGGAAAAAAAGAAAAAGUAAAAGAAGAAGAAAGGAAAAUGAGAUAAAGCGGUAAUUGCUCAAAAAUUGGUAAUUGGUGCUAAUUUGUAUCGAAGGAUCAUCGAAAGUAUCGUAAGAGAAGAAAAAGAAGAAGAAGAAGAAGAAGAAAAGAAGAAGAAAAAGGGUGACGAUAGGACACGAUUCUCUCUCUCUCUCUUUCUCUCUCUCUCUCUCUCUCUCUCUCUCUCUCUUUCUCUCUCUCUCUUUCUCUCUCAUUGUGAGAUAGUAUUCGCUUAUAUAUGUAUUUGUUGCUAAAUGACGAGAAAUUCUAGGCCCGUAAGAAGAACGUUCGGCGAAGAUACAUAUACAUACGUAUGUAAUAAUAGGGGAAAAAAAAAGAAAAAAAAAAAAAAAAAAAAAAAAAAAAAAAAAACAGAAAAAAAAACAAACCACAUUUUGUUCUUAAUCCGUUUAAACGAAUUUUUCAUCGAUUGUGCGCUUACGACGUUGUCAUAAGGUAUAACGUCUAUUGGUUGCAUAUUUUUCAUUAUUGACAAAGGUUUACCUCGAAGACGAAGAGGCUAAUGAACUUUACCUAAACGUUAAGCGAUAAUAAUAAAUAUCUAAAAAUGGCCAGGAUCGAAAGCGAGAAUUUUUCGUUUUAGGAUCGACCGGACGAAGCUCUAGAAGUUACAAUCGAAAAGAAAGAAAAAAAAAAUAAACCCCACUUGACCCUUUCUUUUCUCUCCGAUCCCUCCUUAGACCUGACCGGCUCCUUCCCCCCUUCCUCCCUCUUUCUCCCUUCCCUUUUCACAGGCUUAUGUCUCCUCCUUCCUCGUCCUGCUAUUCUCAUCUCUCUUCUUCCUUUUUUAUUUUUCUUUUUUUUU